GGAAGUUUUGUAACUUUCGAACUGUGGAGGAAAACUUAAAAUUGUAUAUGCAAGUAACUUGAAACGGAUUAGUAAUUGGAAAAUCAUUUAAAGCACUCUGAAACUUUUGCGAUGUAGUUUUUACUACGGUGGAGUACAGGUGAACUCAUUUACUACUCAUUGGCAGCCACCGCAUCUCUCCGCCAAUUAAACCCUCUGCCACUCUCCAUAAAAGAAGCACCUCAACCAUUUACAACUCUCUCCAUAGUCACGUCUACAACGAGAGAGAGAGAGAGAGAGAGAGAGAGAGAGAGAGAGAGAGAGAGAGAGAGAGAGAUGGCUGAUAACUAUUAUUUGAAGAGGUUUUAUCUGGUUCUGUUGGUGUUGAGUGUUAACAAUAAAAGUAUUGGAAUGUGUGAAGAUGAAGAAGAUGCAUUUGCACCCGCGGGUGGUAGUGGUAGUCAAGAAUUGGUACCUGCUAUGUUUAUUUUUGGAGACUCUCUGAUAGAUAAUGGCAACAACAAUAACUUGGCUUCUUUGGCUAAAGCUAACUAUUUUCCUUAUGGCAUCGAUUUCAAUGGAGGCCCUACAGGACGCUUCUCCAAUGGUUACACCAUGGUCGAUACAAUUGCCGAAUCACUCGGACUACCAUUGAUUCCUGCUUACUCCGAGGCUUCUUCUUCGCCUGAUCAAAUGCGAUACGGUGUUAACUAUGCCUCUGCUGCUGCUGGUAUCCUUGACAUUACUGGCAGAAAUUUUGUUAGUCGCAUUCCUUUCAACCAGCAAAUCAAAAACUUUGAGAACAGUCUUGAUCAAAUCACAAACAGUAUUGUCGGUGCACCACCACCAGCUGAUGUGGCACAAGCUCUCUCCAAAUGCAUUUUCUUUGUCGGAAUGGGCAGCAACGAUUACCUCAACAACUAUCUCAUGCCCAACUAUGACACAAAGAAUCACUACAAUCCUCAACAAUAUGCAGAUCUCUUGGCUGAGCAAUACUCCCAACAACUUACUAGGCUUUACAAUCUCGGAGCUAGGAAAUUUGUGAUAGCAGGGCUUGGACUGAUGGGUUGUAUCCCAAGCAUCCUAGCACAAAAUAGUAAUGGUAUAUGCUCUGAGGAAGUCAACCAACUUGUCCUUCCUUUUAACACAAACACAAUGUCCAUCAUGAACAAUCUCACUACCAAUCUUCCCGGUGCUAAAUUUUCUUACAUUGACAUUCGGAAUUUGUUUCAAGAUCUCAUUGCCAAUGCUGGAUCAUACGGAUUUGGCGUGUUAAACCGGGGGUGCUGUGGCAUUGGGAGGAACAGAGGGCAGAUAACUUGUCUUCCAUUCCAGACACCAUGUCCAGAGAGGAAUCAGUACAUAUUCUGGGAUGCUUUCCAUCCAACAGAAGCUGUUAAUGUCUUGUUUGGACAGAGAGCUUUCAACGGAAGCACACAUUUUGUGUAUCCCAUAAACAUACAGCAACUUGCCAAUCUUUGAUGCCCAUCUUUUCUGUCGAUGAGAUACUGAUUCUAAUAUAGCUCUUGUAGCUUCUAAUUUUAGCUUUUGACGGUUAUCACACGGAGUUUGAAGAGGAAGGCAUGUUAUCUGCCCAUUGUUUCUUCCAACCCCACAACAUCCCUUGUCU